CCAGGAACGCUCUGAGUGUAGGAAGAGUAGCGCAGCCAAAGACGACAUGAGGAGCCUGCUGGCACUGCUCGUCUUGACUCUGGCCCUGGCAGCACUGUGCUGCUGUGAGAAAGAUCCCGAAGACCCUUCAGGACCUCCCAGCGCUGCCAGUAUCAAGAUUAAAAAGGAAGUUGCCAAUGCCUUUGUGAAGAGGCAGAAGAGAUCUGACUUUUACGAACGGUACUUUAUGCAUUACAAAACCCCAAUGGAGCAGAUGCAUGAGCGUUGUGAAAGCUACCCUCCUUGUGAUUAUCUGUCUGACCAAAUAGGAUUUUUCAUGGCCUACAACCGUUUCUUUGGGAGAUACUAAGGAUGGGAUGAUCACUUUGUUCAUCUGGCUUAGGACCACCCUGAACCUCUCAGCAGGAAGAAGGUUGUGGGUGGGAAGGAGGGAAGAUAGACUGGGACAUUCUUCAAUUGUCUCCCUAGCCAGCUGAAAAAACAAGGCAAUAGUUAUCCCACUUCUCUAGGUUGCAUUAGCUUUCUUGCUUUCAUCAAAAAAUAUUUCUAUUCAGUUGUCUUUCAUGGUAUUUUCACUGUUACCAGAAAUGGUUGAGAAGACUGUCUUACCUGUUUCCAUUGUAAAUGCUAUUACAUAGCCAGAAAUCGUGUCUCAGUACACUCUUCUGUUUGUUCUGUCACAAAAUCUGCCUGUAUAGCAUCAAUGUUUAAAUCUGAAAAAGUGUGUCUGAGGAGUCCUUUUAGAUGAGCCCUUCCAUUUGUAUGCUACAAUCAAUGACUGUGAAAAGUGAAUUGGAAAUCUCUUCUUGUUUUUGCUACAAUUGAUUUCUGGUGAGACUGAAUAUACCCAAGCAGAAACAAAAAAAUCUGUUUCUCUGAUGCUUUAGCAUUGAUGCUUGAAUCUAAAUGUGUUCAAAUAGCUCCCAAAAGAAACAAAUAAACAACAACAAAAAAAUAAACUUUAUGAAAUAAAAAUAAAGCAUUUCAAUAGUGGAUUGAAGUUGGGCCAACAUUUUGUUUAUUCAAGGCAGCUUGGCUCUCUCUCUGAUGUACAUACAUAUAUAACAUAUACAUGUGCAUAUAUAUAUACUGUCUUCCCUCUGCACUACUUCGUUCUGUCUCCCUGUAUGAAUAUUACAUGUUAGCAACUUUCUGCACAGCCUCUCUUGACAUGGUCUGUCAUCUUGCA